UAAGUAAUGUACAUAUGUUAAAAUAUAACAAAGUACUUCCAGUGGUGAUAUAUAGUAUUUGUUUACUGUAUGUAAUGUCUCGUCCAGGUCAGAGGACAAAAAAUACAAAAGGUCUGAUUGUAACAUUCAUGAAUCUCUCUGGUACAUGUUGCUUGUAUUGUGUUCUUACUUGUAUCGGGUUGAGGGUCCAGAAAUGGUACUCAAGUAAAAGUAGUGUUAUCUUACAAUAAUGUUAUUCAAGUACAAGAAAAAUAUAUCGUGUUACUCAACAAAAAUUUUCUCAAAAAGUUCUCAAAUACAACCAGUUACUGCCCAUCUGUGGUCAUGUUCUCUGGUUUUUAGACUUUUAAAACAAUUUUCUUACUGUAGCAGUAAAGUUUCACUCUUAGUUGUAAAUAAAACCAUUUAGGUUACACAUUAUGUUUGAAACAGAAGCAAAAACAAACUAAACUCCCUCUGGAAAGUUUCCAGCUAGAGGCGGAACUCAAGGGGCGGUCAGUGUUCCUGGUUGAACGCCGUUGAACGUACAUCCGGCGGAAGUAAAUAAUAUUGCGCUAGCAGCGUUAGCCUCUGUCUAUCGUGUUUUUUGCUGCUUGAACUGAAUCUAUCAGUGUACUGGACUCUUGGGAAACAGGUGGAGAACCGAACCCGGUCCGGAAGAACAAGGUGGUUUAAUUGCGGGCGGUUCCGAUGAGCUAACGGAACCGAGAGGAGGAUCAAGGAUCUAGUUACUGCUGCGGAGGAAACAGAAGGUAUCCGUGUUUAUUGCCUUUUCUUUCCUUUUUUUACUGGGAUAGAAAUGAAAACUGCAGAUACAUAAUCAGAAUAAAUAAUAACCCAGCAGAUGUUAAAGCAGAAACAGGAAUAUUUCAGCUUCGCCCCCAGGAGGUGUUUCAGAUCUACUCCCUAUCCUCUGCGCCUGAGGCCGAUGUUUGUAGAAGCUAGAAAGAUGCCUGAUUAAAACACAAGGCCGAUAACUGAAUUUAUUAUAUAAAAGGUGGGAUUGUGUUAUUUGCAGGGAAAAUAUUAAAUUUUAUUGAUAAUUCAGUUGUGUAUUUGCAGUACUGUGAAUAUUUUUCCGUUCUUGCUGUUUUCUGUAAGUUACAAGUUUCUGUUCAUUUAACAAAUUGUAGCAAGAGAGAAUCCGGUUUAAAAGAUGGCUUUAGUACUAUCUGGGGAAACGGCUGCCGUACGUAAGUUCCCAUCAUACUAAGUCACAAUUUUACGGCAGAGACUUUAAAAUAAGAUAAUAUAAAUAUCUACAGCAGAGGCCACAAGUUUACAUACAGCCAAUAAGAAACGCGUGCACCUUUUUCCCUCCCCGCCUGAAGUGAAAUCAGAUCAAACGUCUCUUGUUUUAGCUAUAAGGAGCAAAAUGUUUGGGACUCCUGACUCCAUCCAUGAUGUUUUUAAAGAGGGCUAAAUAAAAGAACAGAUGGGAAGCAGGACUGUAAUUAGUUUUAUAAAAAUGAAUGACUGACAACAUGAAGGUCAAACAUGGAUAUAAACAUAAAUACAUAAAACACAAAUAAUUCAGACUAAUUUUUAGUCUGUUUGCUUUCUUUUCUAAAGCUUCAUUGUGUAACUUUUUCAUUUAAAGUGUUUUCACAAAUAUGAAAAGUGUCAUCACUUUGUGACAGUAUCAUAUGAGACAGGUAAUAUGUGGGGGGAAAAAUUGUUGGCUGUCAAUCAAGCUCAUGUAUGCGCUGCUAAAUGUGCUCGGACGAGAAACAAUUUACCCGUCCAGGAAAACAGUUUAUCCUCCGUCAUCAGUGGCUAUGCUAACAAGCUGUAGCAUUCAUGACGGGCUCUGUUGUAGUGAACCAGCUGUAGCAUAGCUUAGAGAAGAGAGAGAGGGGGUGGGGGUGAGCAGCAUGUACAUGUGAGUUAUUAACAGCGCUAAGGCCCUCCUGGUCCUGGUUGGUAUUUCUGCUGUUAGCACUGGGAGGAGGCAGGCGAGUUUGAUUUCCUGUCAGUGUCCUCUUCAGAAGCUGGAGCAGCGAAAUCCUUUCUGCCAUUUUUUUCUCUCCCAUCCAGGGUCUUUUGUGUCCCUUAUAUGAAAAUAGGCUGACAGGAAAGGAGGAAGGAGAGGGAGGAAGACAUGCAGUAAAUGUCUCCGGGUCCGGGAAUGGAACCCGCGACGGCCGUGUCGAGGACUCAAGGCCUCCAAACGAUCCUGUUAACAAGAAGAACUUCCUGUGUCUGAACAUCAACUUCCUGUGUUUUGAAAUGAUCUAAGAAGAAAAAAUCCCAUCUCAGCUCUGAGAGACUCUACUGUUGACCCAAAGAUCCCAGAUGACCAGAGAUGAAUAAGGAACAGGAGGAACCAGAACCACAGCAGACGAGGGAGACCAAGAAGGAACCAGAAGCUCAACUCAGUGAGGAAGAAGAGGAUGAAGGGUUGCUUGUAGUGAAGCAGGAGAGCAGCAGCUCUGUGGUGAGCCCUGCUGACCUGGGAAAAGUCCAUAUGGAUCUGGAACCAGAGCAGACGAUGGAGAUGAAGGAGGAGCUGGAGGACAUCUGCUGCUAUCAGCAGGUUGUGGUGAAGGAGGAGACCGAAACCUUCAUGAUACCAGUCCAUGACACCAUGGACCCAGAACCAAACCAGAACCAGUUCUCUCCUGAAGCCCACAACGCAUUCAGAGCCCAGACAGACCAGAACCCACCUGAGAGAUGUUGGACGCCCAGGAGUCAUGAGGACAACUCAAAGUCAAAGAGACGUAAGGCAGAUGUGUCCUGUGAUGUGUGUGGUAAAAGUUUCAGGCAGCACAGGUACUUGAUUGCUCACCUGAGGACUCACACAGGUGAGAAGCCUUUUUCAUGUCAGUCUUGUGGGAAAAGUUUCCUCAGGCAGCCGGACCUGACUCUGCACAUGAAAACCCACACCGGCGAGAAGCCCUUCCAAUGUCCAGUGUGUGGUAAAGGUUUCAUCCAGAAAACCACCUUAAGUUACCACAUGAGAACGCACACAGGAGAGAGGCCACACAGCUGUGAAUUUUGUGGAAAAUCCUUCAUACAGAGGAGUGAUUUGACUUGCCACCUUAGGACUCACACAGGUGAGAAACCGUAUCAGUGUGAGGUGUGUCAGAAAUCUUUUGGACACAGCAGUGACUUCACUCGUCACAGGAGGACACACAUGGCUGAGAAACCUUUCUCAUGUGUGACCUGUGGGAGAGCCUUUAACAAGCAAUCUAAGCUGAGUUGUCACCUGAGAGUUCACGCAGGCAGUAAGACGUAUUCCUGUGAGUCGUGUGAUAAAUCUUUCAGGCGGAGUUGUGACUUUGUGCGUCACCUGAGGACUCACACAGGAGAGAAACCAUUUAACUGUGAAUUGUGUGACAAAUCUUUCAGACAAAAUGGUGACCUGACACGUCACAUGAGAACUCACACAGGUGAGAAGCCAUCUUCAUGUUCAGUGUGCGGUAAAAGCUUCAGUGAGUACAGCAGCAUGCUCAGACAUAUGAGGACUCACACUGGGGAGAAACCGUACAUCUGCAAAGUGUGCGGGAAGCUUUUCCGCUUCGGCGGGCAUUUGACCGUUCACUUGAGAACCCACACAGGUGAGAAGCCGUGUUGCUGUAACGUGUGUGGUAAAUCAUUCAGUGACUGCAGCAGCAUGUCCAGACACAUGAGGACUCACACUGGGGAGAAGUCGUAUGCUUGUGAAGUGUGUGAUAAGUCUUUCAGGCAGAGGAACGAUUUGACCCGUCAUCAUAGAACUCACACAGGAGAGAAACCUUUCCAGUGUCUGGCUUGUGGUAAAGGUUUUGUCCAGAAAACAACCUUGAGGUAUCACAUGAUGACCCACACCGGAGAGAAGCCUUACCCCUGUCAGCUAUGCAGCAAAUCCUUCAGACAGAGAAACGAUCUGACCCGUCACCUUAGAACCCACACAGGAGAGAAACCAUAUAGCUGUGCAUUAUGCGACAAGCCUUUCAGACAGAGUAAUGACUUGGCUCGUCACAUGAAGACUCACACAGGUGAGGAUCUAAGCCGUGUGGUUGAUCAGUCAGAUUAAGGUGGACUGAUGUGUGAAGAACUGAACCUAGAGAUGAUCUGGAAACUUCAAGAUAAAGACCAUUUAUUAUUAUUAACAGCUGAAAGUCAGUAGUGCGCAGCAGCUACUGUCGUUAGCGUAGUUGUCCUUGGUUCAAUUCCUGGUCUCUGUUUCUUCUCCCUGUUUCUUGUCCACCAACGGUUCAAUAACCAGAAUCAAAAUAUCUGUAAAAGAUUUGAAUUUAUGAACUUUCUCUUUCCACAACUGUCCUGAAAUUGUCUAAGUACAGCAUUUAUGAUUUCUAAUUUCUAUUUAGACGCUAGAUUAAUCUUUCUCCUGCCAGAUACAGUACUGUGGCUUAGUUUAAAAUCAUUCCAAUCUUUUAUAAAACUCCUUUAACAUCAAGAAGCUGUGGCCCAGGAGUUCAGAGAUGAGUCUGAUCCACUUUAAUGUCUCAGAAUGAUAGUUUUUCUAACUGGUUAAGGUCAGGAAACCAGUGUGACCAGCAGCCAGUCUGGCCAGAGGCCGACUUUACUGGGCCGGGCUCCAUGUGUCUGAACGGGACCUUCUGAGGUUCAGGCUGCUGCAUUUGAUGUUUAUUCUGGUGUCUUCACUUUAUUAAUCCAUGAAUUAAAUAAGUGCUUAUCAACAGAUAA